UUUCGUGGCGCUUUUUCGGUUUCUGGCAGAACGGCAGCAGAGUCUGCCCCAAAAUUGUGAUACAAAAAUUUCCCACCAAAUUCAAAUCUAAUGCUAAGUGUAUGAAUCCAAUAUAACACUGUCGUACAAGAAGAGGUUAUAUUUAGUCGAUAAGAAAGUGCCCAACUAGUGCGGGUAUCCAAAAGAGAAACGAGUGCUACAAAUCAAAUAAAAUAAAAUCAUAAAUCCAAUCCAAAAUGAUGCAGCACAGUGCUUUGGUUCUGUCCACCAUCCUGAUCGUCUCCUGUGGAGCGGCACUCGCCUGCAAUGGAAAGAUAAUUGCAUCGGGCAUCACGGCGGAAGAGAGAUCAAUCAUCAUGCAGGAACACAACCGCCUCCGGCAGCUCGUGGCCACCGGACGCUACCCGGGCCAGCCAGGAGCGGAGAACAUGCGCGAGAUCGUCUGGGACGACGAGCUGGCGGCCAGGGCCCAGAAGUGGGCCGAUAACUGCCAGUUCCGUCACGAUCCGCACCGCACAAUAAAUCGCUUCACCAUGGGCCAGAACUUGGCCAUUAUUUGGAGCACGGCGCCGCUGGACGCCGACGACGGGGACUUCCCCUCCCGCAUCCAGAGCUGGUUCAACGAGGUGCAGAAGUACUCCUUCGGCGACGCCUGGUCCCCCAAGACGGGCCACUACUCGCAACUCGUCUGGGGCGAGACGAGCCUAGUGGGCUGCGGCUACGCCGAGUACAAGGAUGCCAGCAAGUACAACAAGCUCUACGUGUGCAACUACGGGCCGGGUGGCAACGUUGUGGGCUACAAUCCCUAUGAGGUGGGAAAACCGUCGUGCUCCACCUACGGCAUGAAGCCCUCGUCCAAGUACCAGGGCCUGUGCGCGGCACCCGGAGCAGCACCGGCGACCAGCAACAGCGUCUACGGAGGCAACACCAUUGAAACGUAUGAGUACAGCAACGGCAACAGCAACACAAACAGCAAACACAAUAACAACCAGCCGACUAACAACAUUAACAAGAGCCAACCCACCUACAACCUCAACCGAUUCUACAAUAAUCCCAAACAACCCUCUGCCAACCCCCUGUCCCCCUAUCCCACCCACCCACAGGCAGCGGCGGCAGCGACGUCCGGCGGCAGCUCGUUUGGCACCGCCUCGCGCGGCGGCAGCCACGCCUACACUACUGAGGCCAGUCAGCGGCAGCAGCAGCAGCAGCGCCAGCCGGAGCCACCGGCGCUCCAGUCCGGCCGCUACAAGCACAAACUGGAGGCGUACCGCCCCUCUGCGGCCGAGUUCGAGAAGUCCGUACACAAGCAUACCAUUCUACGCACCUAUAUAGAGCAGGCGCAGGCUGCGAACCAGAAUCGGCAGCAAACGGAGGCGGAGGCGGUGGCACAAGCGGAGGUAGAGCAGCAGCAGCAGCAGCAGGAGCAGGAGCAGACUGUGGCAACUAGCACAAGGAAGCCGAGCCGCGGCUGGAGCCUGUUGACGUGGCGUGGCUGA